AACUGACUCAUACACCCGUGGAUCCCUGCUAACCAUACAUUCCUGUAUGCUAUGCUUUUCGUAUUUCCUCACCACUUCACACACAUGUGAUCUCAGCUCCUUUUCGCUGAAUGCGGGGCACGAUACGAGGUAAAGAUAAAAACACCUUCCUACAGGUUUAUACCGCACCACAGAGCAACUACAGACACAUACUCUGUUUAAAACACAUCUUCAAGGCAUCCCCCUAUUUCAAACCUGAUUUGGCAAAUUGUAUGAUGGCCAAUAUUUCCACCAUCCUUGAACCUCUGUCUCACCCUCUGUUUACUGUGCAGGAUACCGCCCCGCCUUCUCCCCCUCUUCAUUUCUAUCACAUGCGUUUUUGUUCCAGCGCAUCCACGCGCUGAUGACAGCAAAAAUAUAAAUACUUCUCUCUCCGCCUUUUUCGCAUACCUAUACCUCUUAGCCCAAAUUAUC